ACUUUUGGAGUAGGAGGCCGUCUUGCAAGCCGAGACUUUUCAGGCUGCAGCCCAGAUAUACCGAAGUGUGUAUCGGCUACGCACAGUGUGGUGAUGCCUGGCCACCUCCAGCCUCCCGCGGGGACCCCCUGCCCAGGCGGAGUCUGAAUGCCCACCGCCACCAGCCCACGCGCGCAGUGGGCGUACACGUGGUGACCUGCCUGCGGCUGGGUUCCCGGCUCCGGCUCCUCCUCCCUCCAGCUCUCGCUCAGCUUUCUGCAGUAUCACGUGCAGCAGCGCUGGUUGCAGGAUGGCGGCGGCCGCGGCGGCGGCAGCAGCGGUGGGUGUCAGGCUCCGGGACUGCUGCAGCCGAGGCGCUGUGCUUCUGCUCUUCUUUUCCCUGUCUCCUCGGCCCCCGGCCGCCGCCGCCUGGCUGCUGGGCCUGCGGCCAGAGGACACUGCUGGAGGCCGCGUGUCCCUGGAAGGGGGCACCCUGCGCGCCGCCGAAGGCACCAGCUUCCUCCUGCGUGUCUAUUUCCAGCCAGGACCGCCGGCGACCGCCGCACCGGUGCCCUCACCGACCCUCUCCUCGGGGGAAAAUGGCACCGGCGACUGGGCUCCGCGACUCGUGUUCAUCGAGGAGCCCCCGGGCGGUAGCAGCGUGGCCCCUAGCGCGGUCCCCACGCGCCCCCCGGGACCGCAGCGCUGCCGGGAGCAGAGCGACUGGGCAUCGGACGUGGAAGUCCUGGGGCCCUUGCGUCCCGGGGGCGUGGCAGGCUCGGCCCUGGUCCAGGUGCGAGUGCGGGAGCUGCGCAAGGGCGAGGCGGAGCGGGGCGGCGCGGGCGGUGGCGGGAAGCUCUUUUCGCUCUGCGCCUGGGAUGGGCGCGCGUGGCACCACCACGGUGCCGCCGGCGGCUUCCUGCUGCGCGUCCGCCCGCGGUUGUACGGCCCAGGCGGGGACCUGCUGCCCCCUGCGUGGCUGCGGGCGCUCGGGGCGCUCCUGCUGCUAGCCUUGUCGGCCCUGUUCAGCGGCCUGCGCCUGAGCCUGCUGUCGCUGGACCCGGUGGAGUUACGGGUGCUGCGGAACAGCGGCUCGGCCGCCGAGCAGGAGCAGGCGCGCCGCGUGCAGGCCGUUCGCGGCAGGGGGACCCAUCUGCUCUGCACCCUGCUCCUGGGCCAAGCCGGAGCCAACGCGGCCCUGGCUGGCUGGCUGUACGCCUCGCUGCCGCCGGGCGUCGGGGGCACCGGGGAAGACUACAGCGAAGAGGGGAUCCACUUCCCUUGGCUGCCGGCGCUCGUGUGCACCGGCGCGGUAUUCCUGGGCGCCGAAAUCUGCCCCUACUCCGUGUGUUCGCGGCAUGGGCUGGCCAUCGCCUCGCACAGCGUGUGCCUGACCCGGCUUCUGAUGGCAGCCGCCUUUCCCGUGUGCUACCCGCUGGGCCGCCUGCUGGACUGGGCGCUGCGCCAGGAGAUAAGCACCUUCUACACGCGGGAGAAGCUGCUGGAGACGUUGCGGGCCGCAGACCCCUACAGCGACCUGGUGAAGGAGGAGCUCAACAUCAUACAGGGUGCCCUGGAGCUGCGCACCAAAGUGGUGGAGGAGGUGCUGACCCCCCUGGGAGACUGCUUCAUGCUGCGCUCAGACGCGGUGCUCGAUUUCGCCACUGUCUCCGAGAUCCUGCGCAGCGGCUACACUCGCAUCCCAGUGUAUGAGGGCGACCAGCGGCACAACAUUGUGGACAUUUUAUUUGUCAAGGACUUGGCCUUCGUGGACCCCGACGACUGCACCCCGCUCCUCACUGUCACCCGCUUCUACAACCGGCCCCUGCAUUGUGUUUUCAAUGACACCCGACUGGACACGGUACUGGAGGAGUUUAAGAAGGGAAAAUCUCAUCUGGCCAUUGUCCAGCGGGUGAAUAAUGAGGGAGAAGGAGACCCUUUCUAUGAGGUGAUGGGCAUUGUCACACUGGAGGAUAUCAUAGAGGAGAUCAUCAAGUCAGAGAUCCUGGAUGAAACGGAUCUCUACACUGACAAUCGGAAAAAGCAGAGGGUCCCACACCGGGAGCGGAAGCGGCAUGACUUCUCCUUGUUUAAGCUUUCGGACACAGACAUGCGGGUGAAGAUCUCACCACAGCUUCUGCUGGCCACACACCGCUUCAUGGCCACAGAAGUGGAGCCCUUUAAGUCUCUGUACCUUUCGGAGAAGAUCCUGCUCCGGCUCCUGAAACAUCCCAACGUGAUCCAGGAGCUGAAGUUUGAUGAGAAGAACAAGAAGGCCCCGGAACACUACCUCUACCAGCGCAACCGCCCUGUGGACUACUUUGUGCUGCUUCUACAGGGUAAAGUGGAGGUGGAGGUUGGUAAGGAAGGCCUUCGCUUUGAGAAUGGAGCCUUUACUUACUAUGGCGUCCCAGCCAUCAUGACCACUGCUUGCUCAGAUAAUGACGUGCGGAAGGUUGGAAGUCUGGCUGGAUCUUCUGUCUUUCUGCCCAUCUCUGUGUCUCGUACCUUCGCUGUCAGCAGAGGGGACUCUCUGGCGGGCUCCCCAGUAAACCGGUCCCCUUCUCGCUGCAGUGGGUUGAAUCGCUCUGAGUCUCCAAACCGAGAGCGCAGUGACUUUGGGGGCAGCAACACACAGUUGUACAGCAGCAACAACAACCUCUACACGCCCGACUACUCAGUCCACAUCCUCAGCGAUGUGCAGUUUGUGAAGAUCACACGGCAGCAGUAUCAGAACGCACUCACUGCCUGCCACAUGGACAGCUCACCUCAGUCCCCUGACAUGGAGGCCUUCACAGAUGGGGACUCCACCAAGGCCCCCACAACCCGGGGCACACCCCAGACCCCUAAGGAUGACCCCGCCAUCACGCUCCCGAACAACAGGAACAGCCUGCCGUGCAGCCGCUCAGAUGGGCUGAGAAGCCCCGGCGAGGUAGUGUACCUGAGGAUGGAGGAGCUGGCCUUCACCCAGGAAGAAAUGACUGACUUCGAGGAGCACAGCACACAGCAGCUCACACUGUCUCCGGUAGCUGUUCCCACGACAGCAGCAUCAGAUAGCGAAUGUUGUAACAUCAACCUGGAUACAGAGACCAGCCCCUGCAGUAGCGAUUUUGAGGAAAACGUGGGCAAGAAGCUGCUGAGAACCUUGAGUGGCCGAAAAAGGAAGAGGUCACCAGAAGGAGAGAGAAGCUCUGAGGACAACUCCAAUUUAACACCUCUGAUCACAUGACAGGGCGAAGCCAGCAUUCAUUGGGUGUGUGAAAUUCCAGAGCUUUGAGGGAGAACCCACCCUCCCAUCAUCUGCUUCCCCCAAGGCCUCCCACAGGUGACAGAACGUUCUGCCUUCCCUUCCAUCUCUUUCUCCCUAGCUGUCAGUUUGGCAGAUUUUCCCUCAUUACCUCCAGUUUGACUCACAACUUUGACAUGGCCAUAACAGAAGCAGGUACCGCUAAUGGAACAUGCUAGAAAUGGUCUUUUCCACAGCAUAGUCUGGGACUGGAGAAGAGAUGUCUGACUGCAAGCUGAUAAUGCCACUCUGGGACCCCUAAUGUUCUUCUUUGUUCUUGGGGAUCCCCUGAUGCCACAGGAGACCUAUCAUCUUGGAACUCGCCAUUCUUUCCUCCAGAACAAAAUGUUAACUUUCUAAUAUGUUUCAUGCAUAGCUUGGCUCAGAAGGUGCCAUUGGCAGACAGGCACAUGGGAGGCUGCAGUAGGAAGUCUGAAGAUUAGUUCAGGGGAUGGACCAAGAAUUCCCCCCAGAGCUUUAAAGAAGUGGGACUCAGCCAUGUUGGCAUGUGAUUGACAUUACAGCACAGAAAACUGUUAGUGACUGGUUUCCUGUUAGAUAAGGGUUCCAGAAGCCUGGAGAAAUAUGUCUCAGCUGGAAUGGAAAGAAUGUGAGAUGGAACCUCAAGUCACUGUUUUUACCAGGGACACAUCUGUUUUGGCUCCCAAUCAGCAGUCUUCAAUAGAUCAGUAAUUCUGCCCUGGAAGAGAAGGAACAGGAUGCAGAGAGACCCCGUUGGGAGCCAGAGAUGGAACUUCAGGUCUUAAGUGCAAAUCAAAGCAAAAAACAAACAAAACUUACAUGGAAAAACUGUAAGUGCUGAAAGCAAGUUUAGCCAUGACAAGCCAAAGAGUGCCCAGGUCAGCCAAGAAAGAUACAUACUCUCAUGGGACUUCAGAGUUACACAGGAAUGUUGAAGAAUCAUUCUUCUUUUUCAUGCAUUUGUCCCUCUCCCACCCCUUACUACACCCUAGCAGACCAGCUGAGUGUACUUUAUUCCAAGAACUUACUAGAUCUCUGGUGUUUCUCCUGAAGUUGGGGCAGGUGCAAUUCCAAGCAUAACCACCAGAUGGCAGAGUGACCACACAGACCUGCUUCCAAGAAUAAGUUCUCAAAUGCAACCACAAAACUGGGCACUGUGGCUCAGGCCUAUAAUCACAACACUUUGGAAGGCCAAGGCAAGUAGAUCACUUGAAGUCAGGAGUUUGAGACCAGCCUGGCCAACAUGGUGAAACCCCAUCUCUACUGGGCAUGUAGUCCCAGCUACUUGGGAGGUUGAGGCAGGAGAAUCACUUGAACCUGGGAGGCAGAGGUUGCAGUGAGCUGAGAUGACACCACUGCACUUCAUCUUGGGCAACAGAGCGAGACUCUGUCUCCAAAAAAAAAAAAAAAAAGGAAAGAAAGAAAGAAAAAGAAAAGCACCACAGCCAGCCUUAGGGAAAACUUGGAAGUAAGUGAAGUUUGUUUUCAGAAUACGUAUCUCCCUUUCCAAUCUAUCUCCUACCCUUUAGAUGCUCUCAGUCAGGUACUCAUUGAACUCAUUGAUUGAGUGCUGUCUGCUAAAUCUCCAAACCAUUCCCAAACCUUUCCCCGUGGUAUACCAUCCAGCGUCCCUCCCCUUCCUCCAAAACCCUCACUCCCACCUCCCCACACCCAUUCAGUCAUUCACAGGGAGGAGGGAGACCGAGCAUUCCUCUGGGUGAUCUGCAUCUCAGAAGAAAAUGCUUACCCACAGGAACCGUUAACUCAGGGGUUCUUAACUUGGGGUCCAUCACCCCAGGCGGUCCAUAGUUGGACUUCAGAGGGUCUAUGAAACCCCUAAAACUGUUAGUAUUUAAUGUAUUUAUUCUUGUAUGUUUUUUCCAGAGCGUUAAAGCUUUCAUAAGGUUCUCAAAGGUCUCAGACCUACAAAGAGUUAAAAACAAAAAACAAAACAAACAAACAAAAAAACACUAUUUUAAAUAGUGUAACUUUCAGCCCAGGGUUUCUAUAAUGCAGAGUGAAGUGGAAACUGGGCAGUUCGAGACAGGUUUUUAAUUAUAAGUGGUCUUCUCAAGUGUCCAUCAAUUGAUGGGGAAGGCUGGCACCCACCAAGAAGUGGAAGUCCUCAGAAAUUCUUGGCACACCCUACAGUAUUGCACAACCACCACCCCCACAUAACUUUGUCCCCUCUUCCCAAUAACCCAGAGCAGGUGUUGCAGACAGGAGGGCCACAGCAUGUGGAAGUAAAGACUUUGGAGCUAGAGACGCCUUUUCCAGCAAUGAUUAUUGACUUCACCACACCCCUUGCCUGGCCUGGCCUGAGGCUCAGCAGUGCAUGACUUCUCGUAGAUAACUUCACAGCCAUCCAGUCCCAACACCUGCUCUUGCCUGGUAGGAAUAGGCGAAGUGUCAGCCCUCAGCGUUGGGUACCUAGACCCAAACCAAUAAAUGGUGAGUUUUGAGCAAGAACCACCAUCAUGCAGGCUUCCUGCCAGCUGACCACUGGCCCCGGGGGUGCCUGCCUGGCUGGUCUUCAUCACCCCUGAGGCCACCAGACUCAAGCCACUGCUGUUGCAUUACACCCAUCCCUUUGCAAAAUCCCUAUGGAGCCUGUCACCACUCCCCUCCCUACACACCCCCACCCCACAAAGAUUUUCUUCAGGUUAAAAGAAAAAUGGUUUAAAAAAAGAUUUUAAAAUAAAGCAUUUAUGAAGGCUCAAUAAAUUGUAAAUAAUUUUUAAAUAAAAUGAAAAUGCCUUUCCUGGAA